CACCCUUCUAUCCACAAAACUUAACACACAUUCUUUCUUCUCCUUCUCCUUCUUCAAUUCAUCAUCGAUCUUGUAUACAUAAUAAGAUCAGAACAUAUCAGAACAAGUAAGUAAGUAAUGGGGUCGAGUUCGACUACGUGGACAUCGAAGCAGAACAAGCUGUUUGAGAAUGCGCUGGUGACGUACGACAAGGACACGCCGGACAGGUGGCGGAACCUGGCGAGGGCGGUGGGCGGGAAGACGACGGAGGAGGAGGUGAAGCGGCAGUAUGCGAUGCUUGUGGAGGAUGUCAACCACAUUGAGACUGGCAAUAUCCCUUUGCCCAACUAUGACGCUCAUGCCGCCAAGCCCGGCUAUGCAUUCAUGCAGCAGCAGGCACAAGACAGGAUGAAAUAUAUGAAGCUUCAGUGAAGAAAGGUAGCAAUGGCAAAGGAAAUUAAAGCACAUAUAUGCUAUCGCAACUCCUCCAAAAACUUCAACUAUACAUAAAACCAAAACAUUAUCAACGAAUAACAAGCUACAUAGAUGCUGGGAUACGCCAUAUUGUGCUUGAUUAUAUUGCUUCUCUGAUCUUUUUUGCUUUCUGAAAUCCCCAUUUCUAUUAAGUGUUUGUAUACAUACAUGUAGAUUAAGUUAAUUAGUCACUGAAAAGUGACAGUACCGAUCGAACAUAGCUGUUUAUGUAUGUAUGUACGAUGUUGUAAUCGCUUCAUGUACAAAUUUGGUAUAUGCUUUGUGGCAGGAUAAAAGAUAUUUUAAGAUAUAUAUGUUCUUUCCCCAAAAGAAUAAAUUCAAGAUUCAGGCUUAA